AAGCCAUUGUCAGCGCCACAGCUCCCUGCAGAAGCCGGGGAGUUGGCUUUUGGGCAAGUAGUCUUCCUUCGUCUUUCGUGGCACCUCUGGUUUUUCGCACGACCAUGCGGCUCCAACACCUAGCGGUGUUCUACAUGCUUUGGGCGAUCCGGGCACUGCCGGGGGAUGAAGAGAUCCGACAACAGCUUCGCGCCCGGCAUGGACUGAAGACGUUUCCUUGCCUUGUGAAGGAAUGCCUGAAGCCAACUCGACAGUUUGAACGGAUUUCUCCGACCCAGCCGGGCUACCAGUGGGAGGAUGCCGGUGGUUUCUGUGGCUCCUGGUCGAUUCAGCGGGCGGUCAUGGCCAAAGGUGCCUGGAUUUCCCAGCAACAAGUGAGAAACCACACUGUGGCUGGUGGUGGUCAUGAUGAGGAGGUCCUUGCCACAAACAUUGACACAGCUUUCAAGAAUCUGAAGAUUGCAGCUGAAGGCUUCGACUACAAGAAUCUCCCCGUUCCGCAGGUGGACUUGUAUCGAAAGUGGAUCAAGAAGCAGCUUGUGAACGGUCAUGCGCUUGUUUGGAUGAUCAUGUUGGAUGGUGCGCACUAUCCAGUUUACCCUGGACUUCCUUAUGGGCUAUAUUCCCAUGUGGAGCCCGUGGUUGGAAUCCUUUCUGAUCAUCCCUUGACCGAUGAGAACUUCUAUGACGACGAUGUGGUUCUGCACUAUACAGAUGCGGACACCCACACCUACUACCGAACCAUGGCCAGCCUGCCGGGAAGCUAUAGAAACUUUUCCCACUGUCCAGGUCAUGAUUAUGUUGGUUACCCGUGCAUCAACCAGGAGCGUGGAUUUGGAUGGGCCAUCCAAGGCUUUCUGGACAAGGAGAGCCGUCCGCUGGCCCUCUCCAUCGACCCGUGGCAAUCAGAGCCUGACGUCCGCAGAGGUGACCAGCCAUCCCAGCUCACGGGUACCCUGACGGCGUCGGGUCUUACAACAGGGCAUCAGUAUGUGCUCCUCCGCUGGGACGGCGUCCUGGACGCCUUCCAGGACGAGAAGGCCACCGUGGUGUACCGCUUCACGGCAUCCAAGGACACAGAGCAGUACACGGACCCAAGGACCUUCUCGAGUGAUAGUGCCACUUACUACCGAUGUCGUGAGGACACGGAACAGCUGGUGAUGGUUUGAGCAAGAAAAGAAAACACGGCUGAGCACGGCUGCGUUGUUGUUGUUGUUGCUGCAGUGCAUGUGAAUCAACUGUCAAGGCUUUCCUGUUUGGGUGGUAUUGAACCCGGAUGAUUAUCCCCCAGUCAUUCCCCAUCGAUUCUGCUUUCACGAGCCACCCGCAAGUUCUGCGCUUCCUCAAUUUGUCCAGGAUCCAACUAGUCUCCUGCAGAGAAGUUUGCUCGUUACUGUAGUUCAAACUAGACCCCACCAUACUCAACUAAACCAUGGUACGCCAUUUGGUGUAGAUUAGAUUGGAUGACAACGGCAUCAUCUUCGUCAAGGAGUAGAGGUAGGAUCAUACAUCUCUGUGUUUGUGUGUGUUUGUGGGAUUAUUAUUAAACACAAU